GCUGUCUUUGGUGUUAUCUUCAACCAUGAGUUACGGAUAUAAAUUACAGAAAUAUUUCUAGUAUUCUAGUGAGUUAAACCAGAUCAAAUUGUGUUUUUUCACGGAAAACGCCAUGCCUGAGGAUUGCAAAAUAGAAAGUCUUGCACAGUUGGUUGAUGAUUUUGAAGACUACACCCUCAAUGCAUACAACUAUCAGGUAUUGCACAGCACUUUGGACUUAGAAGACCAAAUUACAGCACCAACAGCUGAAAAGUUAUUAAGACUAUGCAUUCGAGAUAGGAUAGAAGAUUUAAAAUAUGCAGCACAUGUCUUGAGCAUUAUUUCAACACUUAUUACAAAAUUUAAGGAUGGAAAAUGCCCAUCACUUCCAAAUUUUGUACCUUCAUUAUUAGCAGUACUAAAUGUACUAAAAACUACUGCACUUGUUGACUCAGUGGAAGCAUUAAAGAAACUUUGCUUUGAUACUAUUAUCUCAUAUCCCGAUGAUACUCUUAUUUGUCUUUGUGAAAACCAUUCUGAUGAGAUAUAUGAAAUUAUGAAUUUAUACUGUCACCGAUUGAGAUCUACUAAAAUUGGAGUACAGUCUAUAAUAUUAGUAGGAAAACUUCUCAAAAUACUGCCUUCUGAACAGAAAGCAACAUUUGUAAGAAAUGGAAUCAAAGUUUGGUUCUCAGGACUUAUACCAUUUGUGGUGCAGCAAUCAGUAGAAAUAGAAGAGGAUAAUAGUGACACAAUGCUAAAUUUAUUGGAGACUCUUGAACUGCUGACCGAUGAACUUAUACAAUUUGAUUAUCUAAGCAAUGACGACUGGCAAAAGGUUUUAGAAAAUAUUCAUACAGCAAAAAGGUAUCCAGCCAUAAUGAAAAGCCUGUUAGAAAAAGGUAGUGACUAUUGGCACAGACUAUGGAUAGUUUUCAUUAAAUUGCUAAAAAAUCAAAUAACUAAAUGUACAAAUACAACUUCAAGUCCUAUAAAUGCACUGCUUCCAUGUGUAGAGAAAGCUUUUAAAAUGGAUAUUAGAAACAGAUGUAGAGCAUUUCUGUGCUGGAACAUGUUAAUCUCUAACUUCGCGAAAGAAACACAUGAGGCUUUCUUAAAUAAAAGGUUGAGACUUUUAAUCGUUCCUCUUGCUUCUAACAAUGCAAAGGUAGAAGAGACAGCUUUAGCAAAAUGUAAAACAUGGUGGUCUUUGAUUACCAAUUUUCAAAAUAAAUUAGAAAAGAACUUGGAAUUCGUUGUAAUACCAUUCUUAGGUUUCUGUUUUGGGAAGCCAUCGUCAGUAAAUAUUCUAAUACCGGGAAAGAUUUCUGUAAAGACGAAAAAUUUGUGCGUUCAAGCAUUCAUUAAUAUAAUUGGACAUGCCGAAUGUGAUGGAUGUGUGUCAUUGCCAAAAUUGAAUAUAAAAUUACUAAAUACAAAGUUACUUGUAAAUCAUUGGAAGGACUGGAUUCAUUCCAUAAGCAGUGCUCUUAAAAUAUGUGCCGAGCGACAAGCUGAAUUUUCUGACAAACAGAUAGAGUGCUUCUGGAAAUCUUUUAUUAUGACAAUUGGUGAAUUACCAGCGAACAAUGUGAGGCGAGAUCUUUAUAAUGAGGCAUUGUCAGUGCUGAAUGGAUUGACACAGGACUGUGACAAACAGCUAUUGAAUAUUGUUGUGAAUGUAUUGAUACCAACAUUAUUCAACAAAUCACCCACAAUUCAGCACCUGAUGAAGGCAACAGAUGAUCCGAAUCCACCAAUUCAAAAGAUUAUUGCUUUGCUAAACAAUCUGCCGCUGGACAGUUUAGAAGACAGGCAAAUUGCUAAAACAAGUAUCAAAACGAUAACAGAUUGGAUGUUUAUUGAUGCUUUGCAAACAUCCAGUAACAGUAUAGAAUGGUUUGUUAAAAAACUGUCAUCCAAUGGCAUGAUAAUGUGGACAGCGAUGGCUGAGUCUAUGUGCAUCUCCGCUUACAGUGUGUGCCCUCGUUUGCUUGUCAAAAUGUACCUCUGGCCAUUCAAGUAUACUAACAAUUUUGUUGAUAAAGAAGACUCAACAACAGCUUGGCUCAACCUAUACAAUACUCUGGGCCCAAAUUUGCAAAUGAAGUCAGGUCAUAAAGACAUUGUCAAUGCAUUAACUAUCCACUGUGAUAAUCAAUCAACAUGUUUAUUUUUUUUGAAUGCUACUAUUGCUAUAUUGGACCACAAACUACAAAAGGAAGAUACUGAUAUGUAUAAAGAGAUGGAAUUGAUUGUACAGUUGACCAAACAAAUUAAUGAAUUGCAAAUAGAAAAAGUACUUCCAUCGCUUUCUAGCUUUAUAGUUCAUACUCUAAACAGUUUGAGUAAAAACACAAAUGUAACAAUAGCAGAACAUAUAAUGUCUAUUGUAAACAACAUAUUGAAAGUAUGCAAUGUAAUGUUUAAGCAACAAAAAGAUUAUGGAAGUGAACUUUUAAAACAUAUCGAAGAUAUUUUUAUUUCCUUAAAAUCCAUCUUAGAGUCGAAAUCGUACGCGGAACUUAAAUCACAUUUAGUAGACCAAUUGAAAGAGUGUGCACCAUAUUUUAAAAAUCAUAAAGGAUUGAGUAAUCAUAUUCUCGCCAUUUACAAAACAUCUAAUAAUGAAAAUCUCCUUGAUAACAUUGCUAAAGAAAUUAUUGAAGCAUUUGAAAUUGUCGAAGAAUCAAUUACAUUAAAUCACCAGAAGCAACUAGAUCCUGAAAAUUUCACUACACCAAGUAAAGUUGCAAAGAAAUCAAAAAAAGAAGCCAGUAUAAUAAAUACUGUCGUAGAAAAUGGCGAAGAGUUUGUCGUUGUCAAAUCUAACUGGAAAUUCAACCCUAGAAAUUUAACAGAGAAUCAGAAAGAAAAAUUCCAAAGAAAGAGGGAAGAUAUUCCGGCAUUGUAUCAGGAUCUGUCUCAGUCACAAGAUGAGUUCAAAUUAUCCACUUGGAAAACCGAUUCACAAGACACAAGUACCGCAUCUACUAAAUCGACAAAUACCUUAACAAAUGAAGAUGUAUCUGCUAUACUUAAAAAUAUUCCUAACACUGAUAUUUUGCCCAAAAUAAUGGAAAAUGUUACAUCAGGCACAGCAGAAAGCGGGAAUGUAAAUUUAAACGUUAGUCACACAACUGAAAAUAAUAAGACAAAAGAUGUACAGCGCAGUGUUAAGGAUCCUAAAUCACCGCGUAUGGCUUUAAAAGAUCGCGUUUUCCGUAAUGUUCGGAAUUUGAUUGAAAAUUCUAACAUUGGAGAAUGUAAUGAUGUCAAUUCUGGUAAUACUAAAAAUAUUUCAAAUACUCCUGUAGUUUCAAAAAAAAAGACUUCAAUUAAUAUAACGAAAUCAGCACCUUCACAACUUAAUUUAGAAAGACCGUCCCGCGUAAAAAGAAAACCCAAAAAGUUUGACGAUCUACAUUUGAUUUCAUUGACAAAAGGACGACAUUCAAAUAUAAAUAGUUCCCAAACUGACGUUAACAUUACUGAAAACCAGGUAAUGCCAGAUUCUUCAAAUGUGGAUAAUAUAGACAAAGACAACAACGAUAUCGCAAUCGACGCGAGUAAUAAAAAAAGUAUGAUCGAUUACAAUGAGAACUCUUCGGAGAAUAACCUAGAUACCAUAUUAGAUCAUGAUGAAUUAGGAAAAAAAGUAAUUAAAACCACUGAUUGUUUCUUUUCAAAAAAAACUUUAUUAAACGAAAUGGACAAAGCUGGUCAGGAUCCAAAUAAUAUAGCUAUAUCCAUGCCAUUGGGGACUCAAAUUACUGAAACCGACCAAGACGUAUUAAUUCCUCACGAUACAAAUAAUAUUGAUGAGCCUGAAAAUGAUGAAAAUAACGAAGGUAACGCAUAUACUGAUGAUGAUUUAAAUGGGCCUGCUACACCCAAAUCAAAUAAAACAAAUGAAAUCAUAGAAAAAUGCUUAACAGAUACUCAAAGUAAAGUUCUAGUAACAAGUAAUUUAAAAGAAGAUGCAAAUGAAAAGGACAAGAAGUACCCUGAUGAAAUGAAAACUAAUGUGGUGCCUACACCUAUGGCUAAUAUAAUGAAAGAUACAAUUAAAGAUAAUUUAGGCCCUGAUAUCAAUAAAAAUGAUACUGUAUGUACACCAAAUGACAAAAUGAAGAGACAAAUAGACGAAAACAUAUGUUCUGAGGGCGACAACACUAAUGCCGUGUCUACAUCUAAAGUUGAUAAAGUGAAAGACAAACAAAAAGUUUCUUGUAAAAAAACUAAAAAGAAAUCGCGCAUUGAAAGUCAACUGGCAAUCGACAUGGUCGAAGGGCAUCCAUUUUUAAAAGUUCAAUCGGAGAAACGAUUGACGCGAAUGACGAUUAGUAACUCUCCUUAUAAAAGAAAACGUUUGUCCUUUAAUUCAGAGAGUACUGCAGUAAAACGAAGAAGCAAAUCGGAGAAUAAAAUAAGCGUCGAAGGAAAAUCAACUUUAAUCAAAGAUAGUUUAAAUACGGAAGAGAUUGCUGCAUCACAGGAUUUCAUAGAGAGUUCCCAGGAUUCAACGGUUACUGCAAUAUCUGUAAAACCUGCCAAAGUCCCAGGGAAAAAAAAUCCCAUUGUAUUAUUGAAUGAUUUAAAGCAUGCAGUUGAGACAGGGUCACAAAAUUUGAUCAGUGAUCAUGUGAACAUACAUUUAUCCAGUAUAGAAGGUAACAGUGAUAUCGAAUUGCCUUCCAAUAAGACCAAUCUGGCUAACUUAACAGAGGAAAUGGACACGGAACCUAUAGAUUGUAAUACUGCAGAACUUUUAAGGGACGAUGAAUACCUUCCAACUGCAGAAAUUUUUGAGGUUGUGGUAUUAGAUCGCGACACUCUAAAUACAACUGAUGCCGAUACACAACCUGUAGAUCCCGAUAUUUUUAUCGAAACGAAUAUUUCAGAGAAACCGUUUGAUGCAGACCAGAAUACCACCGAUAUUUCUAAAGCAGAAGCAAAAAAAAUAAAUGACGAUAGUGCAGAAAACGUAGUCGAUGACAAUGACACGAAUGCUUCACUUGUGACACUUGUGACCUCUGCUGAAGAUAUAACGAAAACUUUGUCCGAGUCAGUAUUAUUAGAAGCAGAUAAGGAGGAUUCUAGCUCGUCAUGUAAUAAUGACCAAAGAAAAAAAGACUUUUUCUAUAAUAUAUUGCAAAUAUCACCAAUAAAAUCAAUGAGCCCCGUUCAGGACCAGGUAUCGCCAACACCCGAAACAAGUAGCGACUAUGUAGUUAUAAAGCUUGCUUCACCAGUCCAAAGCAAUGGGGAGCCAUUUGAAAUUCUUGAAUCGCCCGAAAUCUUCACGGAGGACAAUGCGUCUCCGGAUAAGAGAGAUCGUUCGCCGCCUCGCGAGGAAGUUUGCGCUAAGAUUACAAGUCCUAGUUCAUCUUUGUCGUUAAAAAGAAACAGGCCCCAGAUGCGUUCCGGGGGGAGAGCGGCGCAAAUGUUAGGCUUGUGUGUACCAGAUAGACUGCAGACGUUAAUGGUUUCAGAAAAACCCACAGACGCUGAAGAAGCUAAGAAAAGUCCCUCUCUUAAUACGCCAGCGAGACGUAAUUUGAGAAUUCUAUACAAUAGUUCCAGUGGAGAAAAUGACAAUUCAGAAGAAACUGAGGACAGUGAAAAUUUUCUUAAAUUCAAACGAAGUUUGCCCACUACUGACUGCAGUCCUUCCGGACCUAUUUUGAAGAGAAAAUUAAAUGAUAUUACAGAUGAAUCUACCACUUCACCGGCGAGUAAAAGAAAACGUGUGAGCUUCCACGAUCCACCUGUGUCUACGACAAUAUGUGUUAAAAAGUACAUAGAACAAGGCUAUAUUCGAUCUCCGCAAAAUUCUGCUAAUAAACGCCUAGAGAGACAGGCUCGCGCACAGAUUGCUACUAAAUCGCCUAGAAGAUUAGAAAACGUGUUUAAAUUAGAUUCUGUAUUAAAUAAAGCUGUCGAAAGUUUUUCAGAAGCAAACGAUACCCAAAGUAUGAGCGCUGAUACGGAAAUGAGCUCUCUAGAUGAGACGCCCAUAGUAGAAGUAAUCAAAACCAGCGAUUUAAAUGAUAGGGAUCCAAUUUGUUUAGAGUUGGUGAAUUGCGAAGACCGAAUUGAAAAUAUAGCUGCAGAGCUCUCAUCGCCUGCAAUGAAAACAUUGCUAGUCAAUACGUUUGAUGGGAAGGUGGAGACCAUAGGAGACUUAGCGAAGAUGACUGAGCUCGAAAUCAAUCGACUUUGUAUCAAAGCGCCUAAAGUUCAAGUCGCUAAGAGUGUUUUAUAUGAAUAUUUAUCUAAAAACGCGGCGAGUGUUGAAGUUACUUCGUCGGUUGACGAUGCAAUAAGCGAAUCAACCAAACUCCAGUCUCAAGCAAGCGUAGAAGUACAAACAGAGACUACUUUAGUAGAAAGUAUUCAAAUGCAGACUGAAUGUGUUGCUGUCACAUUAGCUAGUUCGCAAACAGAUCCAGUGGUAACAGCACAUUGUUUUGUACAAACAAAUGAGUCCGGCAGCAAAUCAACGGCUACUAUUAUAACGGAUUGUUUAUCAGAGAGGCCAGAUUUUGUUGAGAGAUUAAAUGACUGUAUGGAUGAAACAUCUAAGCAUAAAAUUGUUGAAAAUUUAUCAUGCAACACUUUAAUCAACAUAAUAAUGGAAAAGAUGAGUGAGAGAGAUGGUAAACAUGUAUUGUCUAUACUUCAAGAUCGUCUCACCGAAAGGUUGAACUGCAAUGAUAUAAUACUGUUUUGCAGUAGUUUGUUAAAGAAGGUACAUGACAAACCUGCAUAGUUAAUACUGUUUGUUUAUUUUCGAGAAUUAUUCCUGUUGAUUUGAUGUUGAUUGGCCAUUUAAUGAUAAUUAUCUUCCAUUAGUUGCAUUUGUAUGCAGUGCAUUUGUGGUUAAAUUUUGGAUCAGAACUUACCUGUUUUAUGGAAUUAAUUAACAAAACUAAUUGCUAAAUUCAUGUAUCUCAAUAGCUUUAGAAAAGGUUUGGCUGCCUUUCGCGAAAAGUGCUGUGAGGUUAUAAAAAAAUGAGGCGAGAUGAAUGAGAUCACUAAAUUUAAGUCUGAAAACCUGCACUGUUCUGUUGGAAAGGUAGCCUUAGACACCUCUAUAGUUGAUAGUGAUGUAGAUAGGAAUAUAGCGUAAAAUAUUUGCCUUACAGAGAUCUGCAUAGGCUUGUAGUUAAUUGCAUACCUCUUUUGCGAUUUUAUACCUCUAUUAUAUUAAAUAAGAUUGAUAUUUUAUUAAAAUAUGCUUGCGAAAAGAUUUGGAAUUACCUCUUACACCCGAAAUUAAUAAUGUUUCUCUUGACAGAGAUGAAACCAAUCUUGGUUUAUUACAUGUGGCUCGAUUGAAGUAAAUGUUAAAUUGUACGGAUGGGAUAUGCACAAACUGUGAUUCUUAAACAGAGGCCAACUUUUUAUCGAUAUUGUUUAAAUUUGAAGAAUUUGCGCUAAUUUUAGUCUGGCUUUUCUAUAAGUGUGAAUGAUUACAUACAAAUUGUAUGCUAACAAUUUUUUCCGGUUUACGGUGAGGCACUGAUCUGUAUCGAUGAUAGAAAUUAAAAUGCUCGUGUUAUCAAAACUAAUUUUAUUUUAUAUAAAACAAUUCAAAUAUUUACAAUAUUCAGUCAUGA